UCUGGAACAAAGCUGUUUUUAUAACACUGAUUUUGUCUUGCAGGCUACAUUUUAAAUAGGGACAAAGACACUUGGAGUCAGGAUCUUGAUUUUCUGCAGGAGCGUCUCCAUCCUCUUUUCCAGUGUCCAGAUAUGAGUCCAUCUCCCACCGUCCCUACAUCAGUUGAAUAUGUAAAAGCUGCAGAUGUUAAAGUCAUCGCUGCUCUCGGAGACUCUCUGACUACGGCCAUCGGCGCCAAUGGAUCCACAAUUUUCUCAAUACCUUUUGAGUUUCGUCAAGUGUCCUGGAGCAUCGGAGGAUAUGGGACUUUCCAGAACGUCAUAACGCUGGCAAAUAUUUUUAAGCUUUUUAAUCCCAGUAUUCUGGGUCCGUCCCCAGUGAAGACGCUUCACGGCUCCGUGACAACCAUCAACGAGACCGGCUUCAACUUCGCCGUCACUGGACACAACACGCUGAACGUCACCGACCAGAUUAGAUUCAUGAUCGACACAUUCAAGUCUUAUCCUGGUCUGAACUUCCACGAAGACUGGAAAGUGGUGUCGAUACUGAUCGGAAUGAACGACAUCUGUGAUUACUGCAAAGACAAGACACUUUUCUCUCCUGACAGUUUCAUCAGACACAUGACAGAAGCUCUGGACAUGAUGAUGAACGAGAUUCCUCGGACCAUCGUGAACGUGGUUCAGAUCCUAACGAUGAAACCUCUGAGAGACGUUCAGAGACCCACUCUGGGCUGUCAGCUUCAGAAGAGUUUCUGCUCGUGUCUGGUUCAACCUGAUGAAAACUCCCCUGAACUGAAGGAGCUGGUGGAAAUUAACCAGGAAUUUCAGAGGAGACUCCAGAAGCUCCUGAACAGCAGUCGUUUCUUCAAGAAGGACUUCGCUGUGGUUCUGCAGCCGUAUUUAGAACAGGCAGAACCAGCCAGAUUUCCUAACGGGACGAUCGACCUGAGCUUUUUCACGGCCGAUUGUUUCCACUUCAGAGUUAAAGGACAUGAGGAGCUGGCGAAGGGACUGUGGAACAACAUGUUUCAGCCUGAGGGAAGGAAGGAGUUGGUGACGACAUUCUCAGAUCCAGUAAAACUUAUCUGUCCCUCGCAGGAACACCCUUACAUCUACACCAGACCUGGACUUCCAUCUUCUGCACCAGAGCUCACACAGUUCUCCAUGUGGACCCUCCUGCUGAUGUCUCUGCUCUGGUUUAAUUAAUUCUCUGUAGUUCAUUAGAACAUGGCGCUAAAUGUCUGAGUUGAGGGUUUGAUUCCCAUUUGAUCCUCAAAAAGCACUUGUCUGGAGAACAGGUGCACUUCUGGUGAAACAUGUCCACUUUCAGAUUGUAUCAGGAAGCAGAUAUAAGGAUAAAACUAACGUACCGUGUUGAUAAUGUACUGUAUUUUUGCACAUCUAAUAGUAUGAU